AUGGAUAUCAAGUUGAGUGAUGCCGAAAAAAUAUUUCUAAUUCAUGGUGCUGAGGCUGGCUUCCGAAAUGAUGGGCGAGGUUGCGAGGACUUCCGUCCAAUUAUUGUUGAGAGAGGUGCAUUAUCUAGUACUGAUGGUUCUGCUAGAGUUCGCUUAGACACCACAGACAUAUUGGUUGGAGUCAAAUGCGAUCUACAGUUCUUCGAAGAUGGUUUAGUUCCCGAUUCAAGACUGAGGUUUUCUGUGGAUUGUUCUGCCAAUGCUUCCCCUCAGUUUGAAGGAAAGGGGGGUGAUCUAUUUGCCGAGGAUAUCGUUAGUAUGUUGGAAGCUGUAUAUGAUAAUUCCUACAUUUUACCUGAUAUCAAAAAACUUCAAGUUUCGCCAAAUCACUGCUGGAUUAUAUAUGUAGAUAUUGUUAUUCUUCAAUAUGGUGGUAACAUAGCCGAUGCAUGUUCAAUUGGGACUAUUGCCGCUUUGAACAAUACCCAAAUAUGUGUAGUUAAUCCUAGACCUGCGGACGCCAAUCGUAUGACUAUCGAAUUGCCCGAUUCUGGAGAGACGUGGAGCUUGAAUAUUGAAAAAUUACCCAUUCUUAUAACAGUAAGUAAAGUUGGCACGGCGAACAUCGUCGAUUGUUGCACCAAUGAGGAAGCUUGUGUCAAAUCAGCUCUAGUUAUUGGAGUAUCACCGCCACCUAAACCUAAUAGUUCAAAUGAUUCUUGCAUAAUCUCUCUAGUAAGGCAAACCGCAGGUGGUAGUUUGGAGAAUCAAUCAGCGGAAGAUAUGAUUGAUACGGCCGUUCGAGUAUCCCGGGGUUUGCAUAAAUCCCUCAGAGCUAGGUUUGCAGAAGAAGAAUCUUCGGAAGAGCUCAGAUUACCUGGUGAAACCUUCCUUUCAUAG